AAAAGAGAGGCUCAGAGCCAGAGAGAGAAGGGAUCGCGUUGGAGAAGAAGAAGAAGAGAAGAUGAUGACGAUGAUGAUGAUGAUGAGAGAGAAAGUUCGGCAACGAUAACAAAAGAGCAGAAAACACAGAAGAAAGUUGUGGCUACUACACGGAGGUUACCUUCGGAUUCUGGAGCCUUCGCAGACUGGGCGGCUACGUCCUCUUCAGCCGCGGGCCGCGCCGCCCCGGAUGAGCUAUCCCUUGGCUUCAAUGCCGGACCUACCGCCGCGGGAACCAGCACCGGACCCACCUCUGGAAUGUGGUCCGCUGCCCCCUCCAGGCAAAUCAAUUACGGCCUCGCUUCCACGGAGAUGGGCAUGGUGGGCCUGCGCGACCUCUUCGUCGUCGCACCUGCCUCAUCUUUCCACCACAACAACCACCACCACCACCACCAUCAGCAUGACCCCAUCAUGUCCGAUCCUCAUUCCAUCAACGGCUCCAACCCCGCCACUGCACUCGGAGUGGGCGUCGGCGUGGGCGUCAUCCCUCUCCUCACUGCUACUCCUUGCCUCGCGCCAUCGAACAUCGGUGUCGACGAUGAGAACAAUAUGCUGAGUAAUAGGAAUAGGGGUGGUGGAGGAAUUCAGCUCUGGCAGAAUAAUCAGCAUACUCAGCAUGGGCAUUAUUUCAAGAAACCCGCGAUUCUUGAUCAUGGUGGUUCUGGGAAUCUGGUGCAAACAGUUGGUGGCGGUGGUGGUGGUGGUGGUAGUGGUGGUGCUGGGAUGGGUGGCUCUACAACGACGUCUUCCACCGGGACGACCACGUGCCAAGACUGCGGGAACCAGGCAAAGAAAGAUUGCAGCCACAGAAGGUGCAGGACUUGUUGCAAGAGUCGCGGUUUUGAUUGCGCCACUCAUGUCAAGAGCACCUGGGUGCCAGCCGCUCGGCGGAGGGAACGCCAGCUCAUGGGUGUGUCCGCUUCUGCUGCUGCUGGUUCUUCUGGCGCUACCUCUGGUGCCAAAAAACCUAGACUCAUCACCUCGCAAACUACAACCAACUCCCAUACUUCCACUUCCAAUACAACACCCCCAAGAAGCUAUGACACUAGCUCCAGUCACCAAGAUGCGAGUUUUAAAGAGGCAUUGCCUGGGCAAGUACGUGCACCGGCUGUUUUCAAGUGCGUGCGAGUGACGGCGGUGGAAGAUGGCGAGGACCAGUAUGCGUAUCAGGCGGUUGUAAAUAUUGGUGGCCAUGUUUUCAAAGGGUUUCUAUAUGAUCAAGGGGUUGAAAGUAGAGAUGGGUAUCCUAAUAUAUCUGAAUUGCAUUUAGGUGGUGGUGGUGAUGGAGGGAGAAAUGUGGUCUCCUCGGCAGCUCCAAUUCUUGACCCCUCUGAUGUUUAUGCUGCAUCCGGUGGAGGAUUGCUCGGAGGUUCAAGCUUUGGUAAUCAAAUAAAUUAAUACUUUUUUGUUUAAUUAUCGGGUACAAGACAUCUGUCGAUCGAUGGUCUUGGAAGGAAAAUGGCAUUGUAGGCUAAUUCUUCUUCUGUUUACUACUUAUUAAUAUGAUUUUGCUACAAAUGUUUAAUA